AAUAUCCUUUUACUAAGUGAUGUUUUAACAAUUCAUUGAUGGAUUAGGAGACCUGAAGCAUAAACCAGUUGCCUUGAAGCAGGUGAAAAAGAUUUUAAAGAUUGAAGAAAAAAGUUUACCUAAAAACAUAACAAAUUACUUUGUAGAAUUUACUAAACAUACUUCACAUAAGUGGUAAAGAAAGGAUAAAAUGAUUUUUAUUUGGACUACUCUAAAAUAUUUGGAGAGAUAGGGUCGUACAGACUUAAAACCCGUAUGAAAUUAUGUUUAAAUUGAUUAGAACGAUGAUGAUUGGAUAGCGUUAUCGGAAAUUCUUGGAGCCCCUCCAGAGUUGUUAAAUUCAAAAUGGAUUGGAAUGCUAAAAACAGAUUUGAAAUAAUCUCCAUGGACUAUAGAAGAGGAUGAACUUCUCAAAAAAGUGAUGACGCAAAAAUUUAUUUCUUGGACGCAUGUUGCUUUGGAGUAUAAUCGCAUCAGUCCAAUUAUGAGACAUGCAAAAUAAGUGAGGGAACGAUGGAAUAAUUAUUUGGACCCUGAUCUAAACAAAUUUCCAUGGAGUGAAUAAGAAUAAAUACAACUGCUGCAAUUAGUUUAAAAGCAAGGAAAAAAGUGGUCUGUGAUUUCUAAAUAAAUUAAAGGGAGAACCGAAAACUAAGUCAAAAAUGCUUACAAUUCUUUGAUUAAUUCCUAUAGAAGGAAUCAUGUAAACUUUUUUUCAUUAUAAAAAUAUUAGAUGUAAACUCUUGAUUCAGAUGAUAUUAUUGUUUCUAAAUUAUUAUCUAAAUUAGAUCCACCUCAUAAAUAAGCCAAUGCAAACACUCCUAUGAUUCAACCAUUACCAACCUUUUAAUAAUAGUUAUUAAUGUAGGCUUUGUUUAUUGAGAGAUUUAAAAGCAUGGCCUUUUUUGCUUAAUUACCAGGUUUCUUAGCAGCCCAAUAAUAACAAAGUUGA